GGCUGGAAAAAAGCAUAAACAAGAGUGAAGUUUGACAAACUCGUUGCCGUCUGGACGAAGGCAGAGAGUAAACACACGUCCCUUCUAAAAUGAAGUUAUCGCUAACAUUAGCAGCUGCCCUUAUGGCAGCACUCAUGGGACUGACAUCAUCUGCCGUUGUUCCACAAUGGAGAGCGCACAAGGGCCUGAACUUGGAGUGGAAUUCUGGGACAGAAAAGAAAUGGUGCGACGAUGUCUUGGGUUGUCUAACACUCAACGAUGACUGGUAUUGGCCAUCUAGGCCUAUCAACGUCCUACCCGACUCAAGACGAAAAAUCAACACGAGGUUUAUCCUUCACACGAGAGAGGAACGAGGGGAAAAUAAGAACAUCUUCAUCUCGGCAAACAAGACGUCCGUCGACGCGUCGACAUUCGACCUGUCGAAACCCAUCAAAUUCAUCACCCACGGUUUCAUCGACACCGGAUUCUGCCACUGGCUGACGGACUUGGCCAACGCCUUCCUCGACUACGGAGACUACAACGUAAUUCGCGUGGACUGGGGAGGCGGCUCCCUCCCCAUGUACUUCUCGGCCACAGCCAACACCCGCGUCGUCGGCCUGGAGAUCGCCCACCUAGUCAACUUCCUCGUCGACAACUACGGCGUCGAUCCUGCCGGCGUCCACCUCCUGGGGCACUCCCUCGGCGCCCACGCGUCCGGAUACGCCGGCGAGAGGAUCGCCGGUCUAGGCCGGAUCACCGGCCUCGAUCCGGCCGGACCGUACUUCACGAACACGCCUGCGCACAUCCGCAUCGACCACACGGACGCCCUCUUCGUCGAUAACAUCCACUCGGACGCAGAUACCAUCCUCCUGCUGGGGUACGGGACGGAGGAACCCAUGGGCAACGUGGAUUUCUACCCGAAUUCCGGGCAUGGCCAGCCGGGGUGCGAUCCCGUGGCCGUUGCCUUGGAGAUUAUCAAGGAUCUCUCCGACGGCGUUAGGGACUUGGUGGCCUGUAGCCACCAGAGGGCGAUCUUCCUGUUCGCCGAUUCCCUGAAGAAGGAGACUACCUGUCCUUACCUGGCCAGGGAAUGCAUAGACUACGCGUCUUUUGAAACCGGACGCUGUGCCACAUGCGGGCACGACAGUGCCAAAUGUGCCCGUAUGGGCAUCCACGCUGACGAAUACCCUUACAAGGACCGUACUAACGUGAAGAUGUACUUCGAUACUGCUGGUGCUCCGCCCUAUUGUUAUUACCACUACCAGAUUGUGGUUGACACGGCUCACCCCCACAAAGCCGAGAAUUGGGUGCAAGGAAACCUCAGAAUUUGGUUGUACGGAGAAAACGGUGAAGUCAUAGAAAACGUGAAGCUGACCAAGGAACACGAGCGAUUCGACCACGGCCAGCCCAAAUACUUCAUGCUCAAGAGUCCCAUUGACCUGUCCCGGGUCAUCAGACUGGAGGUCAGGUGGAGUUACGACUCGACUUUGACCCACCCGGGAUCCUACUGCUGGAUGCUCCUGUGCAAUCGCUCCCUGUACCUGAGAUCCGUCAGGAUUUCGCCUAUGGAUUAUUACCCGGAGGAGAAUCGGCUGGGCCACGAAAGCACUCUGUGUAGGGUGGGUCGUGUCACAGAGGUCAAAUCGGGCCAUACGCAAGUUCUGACUAGUGAUGGUGAUUGCGUCUAUACCCCUUGAUGUGCAUAGCCGUUACUCAGUUGUUUACAAAGAGAGGGAUGAACAGGAUUUCAAAGGAGUGCUUUUGAUUUUAUUUGGAAUUUUUCGUAUUGUGAUGGAACCGCUCUUGAAAAUGAGUGAUUUA